AUGCAGCAGAAGCCGCAGGCUCUAGAAGACUCAUUUUCGCAAAUUCAGCAGCACACUGUGGCAGCUAGCAGCAGCAGCAACAGCAGCAGCUGCAGCAGCAGCGGCAGCCGCAGCAGCAGCAGCAACAGCAGCGCUAACAGCAGCCGCAGCAACAGCAGCAGCCGCAGCAGCGACGCAGCAGCAGCAGCCGCAGCAGCAGCCGCAGAAGCGGCAGCAGCAGCUGCAGCAGCAGUCGUAGCAGCAGCUGUAGCAGCUGCUGCGGCUGCUGCAGCAGCCGUAGCAGCAGCAGCAGCAGCAGCAGCAUCAGCCACAGCAGCCGCAGCAGCAGCGGAAGAGGGUUAA